UUUAGAGAGAAGGUGUUAUGGACUGCUAUAACUCUCUUUAUUUUCCUAGUAUGUUGUCAGAUACCACUGUUUGGAAUCAUGUCAUCGGAUUCUGCAGAUCCUUUCUACUGGAUGAGAGUUAUUCUUGCAUCCAACAGAGGAACUUUAAUGGAAUUGGGUAUCUCCCCAAUUGUAACAUCUGGUUUGAUUAUGCAGUUGUUAGCUGGAGCCAAAAUCAUCGAAGUUGGAGAUACACCCAAAGACAGAGCUUUAUUCAAUGGAGCCCAGAAACUAUUUGGUAUGAUCAUCACCAUUGGGCAAGCCAUUGUGUAUGUGAUGACGGGGAUGUACGGGGACCCGGCAGAGAUGGGCGCUGGCAUCUGUCUCCUUAUCAUUAUUCAGUUGUUUGUUGCUGGUUUGAUUGUGCUGCUGUUAGAUGAGCUGCUACAGAAGGGUUACGGCUUGGGGUCUGGUAUUUCCCUCUUUAUUGCCACCAACAUCUGUGAGACCAUUGUCUGGAAGGCCUUUAGUCCCACUACCAUUAACACUGGCAGAGGUACUGAGUUUGAAGGUGCUGUCAUAGCUCUGUUUCAUUUGUUGGCCACCAGGACAGACAAAGUUCGAGCUUUACGGGAAGCUUUUUAUCGGCAGAACUUACCCAAUCUCAUGAACCUCAUUGCUACAGUUUUUGUGUUUGCUGUUGUUAUAUAUUUUCAGGGAUUUCGUGUUGACUUGCCUAUUAAGUCAGCCCGCUAUCGAGGACAGUAUAGCAGCUAUCCCAUCAAACUCUUCUACACCUCGAACAUUCCCAUUAUUCUCCAGUCUGCGUUAGUUUCAAACCUGUAUGUUAUUUCCCAGAUGCUGUCUGUUCGAUUUAGUGGCAACUUUUUAGUAAAUUUACUAGGACAGUGGGCUGACGUCAGUGGGGGAGGACCUGCUCGUUCUUACCCAGUUGGAGGCCUCUGCUACUACCUUUCUCCUCCUGAGUCCAUGGGCGCCAUAUUUGAGGAUCCUGUCCACGUAGUUGUUUAUAUCAUCUUCAUGUUGGGAUCCUGUGCAUUCUUCUCUAAGACAUGGAUAGAGGUGUCUGGUUCCUCAGCCAAAGAUGUAGCUAAGCAGCUUAAGGAACAGCAGAUGGUAAUGAGGGGUCACAGAGACACCUCUAUGGUUCAUGAGCUUAAUAGGUACAUCCCCACUGCAGCUGCGUUUGGUGGCCUGUGCAUUGGCGCCCUGUCGGUGUUGGCGGACUUCCUGGGGGCCAUUGGAUCUGGCACCGGAAUUCUGCUUGCAGUCACUAUUAUUUAUCAGUAUUUUGAAAUAUUUGUUAAGGAACAAGCUGAAGUUGGCGGGAUGGGUGCUUUGUUUUUUUAAACCUUCAAAUAUUUCUUUGUGUGAGUGUGAAAGGGAAGUAUUUUGACACAUUUUUUCAAAUAAUGCUGGUGGUUCCCCUCCCCUCCCCCAGUUUGUCAAGUGCUGACUGUCCCACUUCAGAAAUGGGCACCGAGCUAAGCCUGUGUGCAGCAUUAGAACCAGCUGCCUUAAAACUAAAGUUUACAUUGUUUGUUAAAAAAUGUACAGCUAGUGUUGCCUGUAAUGCUGGAAACCAAUGUAUCUACCUUGCUGUGUUCAGUGACAGUGAGAUGGUAACAUGGAUUAGUUUUGCACACAACAUUCAAAACACUUAGUAUUCCCCCACUUGUUUAAAAAUAAAUGUAGUUCAAAUUGCCA